CGAUCAGUCGCGACCGAUCGACGUUAGCAAGCACAUCUAUCUCGUUGGUGGAAUAGUUGCACCAUUAAAAUCAUUCAGUCUUCUUUUUUUUGUUUAUUUUUUUCUAAGUUUGUGUUCUGUAUCAUUAAAAUUCAGUUCAGCUCCUAUGUUAUGGGGAGGCACAUAACGAAAACUCAUAAAGUUCCAAGUAGUCAAACCAGUCAAACUCUGUGUAGAUCAUAAGAACCGAAAGCUCCCGUGAAAUUGUUUACCUGAUUGAUCUUUGGCAAAAAAGAGUAUUUUAAUUUAAUUACAAAAAAAGAAAGAAAAUAACUGAUCUUCAAGAGUAUAAUUUGUUUGUUAAUAGAAGAAAAAGUGUUUUGAGUGAAAAAAUGAGUCUGGAAUUAGUAUUAAUUUGUGUAAUUUUUUCGGUGAUCGGUGCUAUUGUAUGGCACGACAAAUUCUCAAGGCAAGCAACAUUGGGUGCAAAAAUUAGAGGCCCUUCCACUUACCCACUCAUUGGCAAUGGAAAUUUAUUUGUUGGAGCAUCGCCACCAGAAAUUCUUCAAGUUAUAGGGAAGUUGGUGAAGGAAUACGGAAAAGUGCUUCGAGUUUUUCUAGGUCUCGAUUUUAUGCUCUUCGUGACGGACCCCAAAUUUGUAGAGGUAUUACUGUCUAGCAAUACACUUAUCGAUAAAUCCAAGGAAUAUACAUUUCUGCGCAACUGGCUCGGAGAUGGGCUCUUACUCACAACAGGCAAAAAAUGGCAAAGCAGACGCAAAAUAAUCACUCCAACAUUCCACUUCAAGAUCCUAGAGCAAUUUGUUGAGGUUUUCGACAAACAGGGUAAUACAUUUGUUAAUGUGCUCAAAAAGAUGAAACCUGAAGAGGGUGUUGACAUCUACCCUCUUGUUACCUUAUAUGCUCUGGAUGUUAUCUGUGACUCUGCCAUGGGCACCACGGCCAAUGCUCAACUCAAUAGCAACUCUGAAUACGUUCAAGCCGUGAAAGACAUCACAAAUGUUUUGCAUUUGCGUAUGUUCGAUUUUCUGCUACGUCCCGAGCCCUUCUUCAAGCUCUCGCGGAGUGCCACGCGCGAGAAGAAGGCCAUCAAGGUUCUCCAUGACUUCACGGAUCGCGUUAUUGUGGCGCGACGCAAUGACCUUAUGCAACAAAACGGAAAACACGAUGAGAACCGCAAUGGACACGUGGUUGAUGAUGGAUUGGGUAUCAAGAAGAAAAUGGCUUUCCUUGAUGUACUCCUCCAGGCCACUGUAGAUGGUAAACCCCUCAAUAACAUGGAUAUACGCGAGGAGGUGGAUACUUUCAUGUUUGAGGGACACGAUACAACAACAUCAGGUAUCUCAUUCCUUCUGUACAACAUCGCUCUACACUCAGACGUGCAGAGAAGAGUUGUAGAGGAGAUUCGAGAUGUUUUUGGCACGGAUACCCGUAUCCCCACAAUAAGUGACUUUAACAACUUGCAGUACUUGGAUUUGGUGAUAAAGGAAACGAUGCGACUAUAUCCUUCAGUACCUAUCAUUGGGCGUCAGUCGGAAAAGGAAGUUACAAUAAAUGAUAUAACCAUCCCAGCCGGUGCUGGUAUUGCCAUUGGAACAUACUUCAUGGGACGUGAUCCUGACUUAUUUACUGAUCCCGAAAUUUUUAAUCCUGAACGCUUUGCCGUGGAGCGAAGUGGUGACACACAAAACCUCUUCGGCUAUGUGCCAUUCAGUGCUGGCCCAAGAAAUUGCAUCGGUCAGAAGUUUGCUAUUCUGGAGAUGAAAAGUAUAGCUGUGAAAGUACUUAAAAACUUCGAGUUAAGUGUCCAAGAAGACUACAAGCCCAUCCUUAUGGCUGAAAUUAUUCUACGACCUGAAAAUGGGGUUCACCUCAAAUUCAAAGCUCGGCAGCUGUAGCUUUUAAAGCAUAAUUUUCUUUAUCCAAUUUGGGUAUGAUGUAUGUUAUGCAUAGUAAGGAGAUUUACUUAAUAAUUUUAGUGGUGAUAUUUUUUUUUAAAAAAAAGAUUUGUAAAAAAAUGAUAUGAAUUAUGCAAUAAAAGACAUAUUGUUGUUCGGAACUUA